AGGAGGAGGGUGGAGGAGGAGGAGGAGAAGAAGAAGAAGCAAGAGGCCGAGUGGUGCCAUUGGUGAUAGUAAAGAGAGAUAGUUGUCAAGAGAAUUGUAGGACCGGUCAAGAUUCAAAGUCUGCUUGCACGCUAACAGCACCGUGAGAGAUAUUAUGCGACGGCUCGGUAUGAAGAACAAGCAUAGAAAAUCUGAACUGGCGAGCGAUAGCGAGCCGGAAGAAAAUGUCGACGCACGCGCGGCCAGUGACGACAACGACAACGACGACGAGACGCAGGCCGGUAAGACUAAGAACAACAGCGCGCAAAAGUCCGCCACGAAGAGACGCUCGUCGCGCGGUGCAUCGGUGCAGAAGCCGGCGGCGAGCUCGAACGACGAUGUAAACUCUGAUAAUGACUCUGCGACGAUAGAACCGAAAGAGCGGGAAAACGGCGAGAAGAAACAGUCACCGAAUAAGCGUAGAAAGAAGGAAGACCAGCGAGCGUCUACCUCGGCCCGCGACAAGUUCGACGCCGAGAACGAAUAUGAGGUUGAAAGGCUCAUCAAUGUUCGUACCAUUAAAGGCCGUCGACAAUUCUUGGUGAGAUGGGUAGGUUACGGGGAAAAUGACGACACUUGGGAAAAUGAAAAGGAUUUGAAUUGUUCUCAGUUGAUAGAAGAUUUUUUAGCCGAGGAAAAAGAUAAAGAGAAAGAAAAAGAAUUUAAAUUAUCAAAACCGGUCAAGACAGAGAAAUCUAAAAGAUCUUCCAGAAGUAUUCCCAAGAAACAAAUCCAAGAAACAGAAGAAAUUGAUGAAGAAAAUAGUGGAGAAGAAAAAGAGAUCUCAAAGGAAUUUGAGGUCGAAAGAAUAAUAGAGGUACGUUUUAAGAAAAAUGGCACAAAAGAAUUUUUAAUCAGAUGGAAAGGAUUCAGUGUGUCUGAUGACACGUGGGAACCGGAGAGAAAUCUAAAUUGUCCAGAACUCAUUGCAAAGUUUAUGGAAAAGUUAGAAAAAGCGAAGACCUCCGAAAUGCGGGAACUCAGAACAAAUCGGGUACAUACUAAACGGUACACAUUAUCUACACAACCCCGUGGAAGGAGAUUAUCGAAACGUAAUAAAGACAAACAAAGGGCAACUUAUCAUGAAUGUGAUGAAUGAAGAAUAUCGAAACCCCAAUCUUUAUUUUAUUCAAACAAAAUUUAUAUACAUAUAUAUAUAUACACACACCCCCCCC